AUGUCCGGAUCCGCUGCCGAGAAGGCCAGAAAUGCUCGAACGAGCAUCUCCAAUGCCACUCAAAACGGAAAGCAAACUGCCGCCGACAUGACUUCGAAAGCUAAGAGCACCGCUUCUGACCUUUCUGGAUCUGCUGCCGACACUGCUAGGAAUGCUGGCCAAACUAUCUCCAACACAGCGCAAAACGGAAAGCAAACCGCUGCCGACAUGACUUCGAAAGCCAAGGGCACUGCUGCUGACCUUUCUGGAUCCGCUGUCGAUUCUGCUAGAAAUGCCGGCCAAGCUGUCUCCAACACAGCGCAAAAUGGAAAACAGACUGCCGCCGACCUGUCGUCAAAAGCUCAAGGUACCGCUUCUGGCUUUUCUGGAGCCGUCGCAGACAACACUGGGGACGCUGGAGUUAAAGUCUCAAACGCCGCUCAGAGUGGCAAGCAGACUGCGGCCGACCUGUCUUCGCAAGCCACAGACAAGGCCUCCAAUGCAUCCGGAUACGCUCAGGGAAUCCUUUCUUCCGCCUUCGGAGAUGCGGGACACAACUCCAACGAUUCAACCAGUCAGAAUUACACCCAUGACUUUACACACACCUCCUCUCACAAUAGCAACAGAUAUUCUGAGGGCAACCACCCCCGUGGUCAAGGCGAGUAUGAAACCGAUGGACUGGCGAGCAGAGCAUCCCAUUCAACACAUGUUGGUGCUGAAGCCCCCAGGCUUUCUGCUGUGGACGAUGUGAACAGACGUGCUGCUUGA